GAAAAACGAGGAAUCCUUAAUCCGUUUAAGAUCUAUCGCCGCUGUUGCGUAUGUAGUUUGGGUCUCGCCGUCGUUCCUGAUUAUCUUCCGAUAUCUUCGCCCUCUGAUGCCAUUAUCUCUGUCGGUUUCCGCUUUCCCACUGCCGAUUGGUUUGGAGGGUUAGGGUUGAAGUAGUGAAUCGAGCUCGGUGAUGGAUUCGUCGCAGAACGCUACUUCUGGGAUUGGUGGGAGCGGGAGCAAUGGUACGAUGAGCUAUCAAACAAGCGAUGGGGCGGCGGCUGCGGUGGAUGAUCCGAAGGAGAACCUGAACCAAGUCAUAAACUCCAUUCAGAAAAAUUUGGGACUCCUCCACCAACUAUACCUUACUGUCUCUUCAUUCAAUCCUGCGUCCCAGCUGCCUCUCCUCCAGCGCCUCAAUUCUCUUGUGAUGGAGUUGGAUAACAUGGCCAAGUUGUCCGAGAAGUGCAACAUUCAAGUGCCCAUGGAGGUUCUCAAUUUAAUUGAUGAUGGGAAGAAUCCGGAUGAGUUCACAAGGGAUGUUAUAAAUAGCUGCAUAGCCAGAAAUCAAGUCACAAAGGGCAAGACUGACGCUUUUAAGGGAUUGAGAAGGCAUCUUCUGGAGGAGCUUGACCAAGUGUUUCCCGAUGAAGUCGAGACUUAUAGAGAGAUCCGUGCUACUUCUGCUGCCGAAGCAAAACGACUGGCUCAAUCCCAGAAUAUGUUGCCAAAUGGGGAUUUGAAAGUGGAGAAUAAUGAGGUAUAAAGAGUCCAUUUAUUUACCUUUGCAGCAAAUUAUAUAUAAACUCUGAGUAUAGAUCAUUAUGUAUGUACUACAGCCUUGAGUUCGCCUGAAUUUCUAUAAAAUAUCAAUCAGUUCUCUUCA